ACCGCCAAGAAGACUCUAGAGCUCCAGUUGGCUGUUGCUUUUUGUCCUUUCUUGCAGGGCACGCCUCGAGACACGGGCACGAGGACAUCUACAUAUGCACUCCUUGUUUGGAUUGUGUUGGGUCUACAAUUACAGAUUACAGGUUCAUUUAUAAACGCGGGUAUGGCUACUUACCAGGCGGCCAAAACGCAGUUUGUCAAGGUAGACGGCUGUACCUUUGCCUAUCGACUGCUCGGCCAAUCGCAUGGCAUCCCGCUGGUAUUUAUCCCAGGGUUCAAACAGACCAUGGAUUACUGGGAUCCAGCGUUGGUCAAUCCUCUUGCGGCUCAGCGCCCAGUGCUGCUGAUUGAUAACGCUGGAGUUGGCCGAUCUGAGGGCAAAAUUCCCGAUACCUUUGCCGGCUGGGCAGAGCACUACACUGCCGUAAUCAAGCAGAUUCUUGGCCAGAGCAGCAAGGUUGAUGUUUUGGGUUAUUCGAUGGGCGGCUGCGUUGCGCAGCUUAUGGCCUUGAACGCGCCAGAACAGGUGCGACGAUUGGUGCUGUGCGGGACGAUUCCCAGUUCCGGAGACGGCGUUAAACCGUCUCCUGAUGGCAAGGCAUUCAAGCGUCUCAAAGCGGCCAGAACUGCGGAGGAGGAGCGGCAAGCCUUCCUGGAUGGGUUCUUUGUGCAGCGCUCUGAGCGUAGUCAGGAAGCAGGCAAGAGGGCAUGGGAGCGCAUUAUUAACAACAGAAGCGAUGCCGGCGAGGUGAGAUGCGAACCAGUACCCCCAGGGCCAGCUCAUAAGCAGGCGCUUGCGUUUGUCAGGUUCAUGGAUAAGAAAAAUGCCUCCGAAGGCAGCUAUGAGCGGCUCCGACAGCUGCGUCUGCCCGUGCUAAUCGCCAAUGGUUGCGACGAUUUGCUGCUACCUACUGACAACAGCAUCCUGAUAUGGAAGAUGCUUAGCUUCGCGGAUGCACGACUGCAUCUGUUUCCAGAUUCGGGGCAUGGGUUCCUGUACCAAUACGCCGAUGAAUUCGCGAAACUUGUAAAUGAUUUCCUUGGCGCCAAUGGCAGCAGCAGCAGCGGCGGCGGCGGCGGCGGCAGUAGCUCGAUUCGCGACAGUCGGCUUUGACUGCUCAAUGCUGUUUGAUAGGACUCCGUACUAGUGUCCAUGCCUGUCUCGCAUCUUAGUGAGCCUGCAAGGCGCGUCUAUCGACGACGACGACGCGACGCCAGUUAUUUUCCUUAUUGGUCCUUCUUUGCUUUUGGGGUCACUGCAAGCCCCGCCGUGAUCAGCUAGGUCGCCAUGUAGUAAUGAGCAAACGAUGACCAAGGGGCAGCUAGAUGAAAGGUAGCAUUGCAACAAAACAAACACGGGGUACUCUGAAUGCUGCCAGCAUGCUUCGUGUAUUCUUGCCAACUUUCUCUUGUGCGCUCCGUGUUUCCCUUUUGAAGCUGGUGUCAUAUGCAAGUUGGGCCAUCCAUUAUGAAGCUGCACAUCGUGCCCAAGCAGGGAGACAGCUAGCCAACCAAUCAUCUACAGAGGUUGACGAUAAG